AUGUCGUACUAUCCAGGCCAAGGCUACCACAACCAACAGUAUCCUCCACCACAGCAAUAUCCACCACAGAACGGCUACCAACAACCAUACCCGCCCCCUCAAUACCCACCCUACGGAAACCCGUCGCCGCAACCACCAUACAACGGCGGUGGCUACGGCGCACCCCCACCACCGAACUAUGGCGGCCCUCCAAACGGAUACCAACAAGGACCUCCUCCACCAGGCCCUCCCCCGCCCAAUUACGGACACCCGCCUCCACAACAGCAUUAUGGACAGGCCCUUCCACCGCAGCAGGGCUACGGUAGACCACCUCCACCACCCCAACAGCAGCAAGCCUUCGGUCACGGAGCUCCCAACGGCUACACAUUCCAAUACUCGAAUUGCACCGGCAGGCGGAAGGCUUUACUGAUUGGCAUCAAUUACUUUGGCCAGCGCGGUCAGCUGCGAGGGUGUAUCAAUGACGUGAAGAACAUGUCCACAUACUUGAAUUCCCACUUUGGCUACAAGAGAGAGGACAUGGUAUGCCUUACGGACGAUCAGCAGAACCCAAUGAGCCAGCCGACGAAAGCGAAUAUACUCAGAGCGAUGCACUGGCUGGUGAAAGAUGCCAGGCCGAAUGACUCACUCUUCUUCCAUUACUCCGGACAUGGUGGUCAAACAAAAGAUUUGGAUGGUGAUGAGGAGGAUGGAUACGACGAGGUGGUCUAUCCUGUUGAUUUCAGGCAAGCUGGACAUAUCGUGGACGACGAGAUGCAUCGCAUAAUGGUACAACCGCUCCAGGCUGGUGUACGAUUGACCGCCAUCUUCGACUCCUGUCAUUCUGGAUCGGCGCUGGACCUGCCAUAUAUCUACUCCACCCAAGGCGUGCUCAAAGCGCCCAACCUCGCGAAAGAAGCUGGACAAGGAUUGCUUGGGAUCGUCUCGUCGUACGCUCGCGGCGAUAUGGGCGGCAUUGCACAGACUGCUAUGGGUCUCUUCAAGAAGGCGACGAGUGGAAGCGAUACCUACGAACGGAACCUUCGAACCAAGACAAGCCCUGCGGAUGUCAUCAUGUGGAGUGGCAGCAAGGACAGUCAGACAUCGCAAGAUGCAAAUAUUGCUGGCCAGGCUACUGGAGCCAUGUCGUGGGCUUUUGUUACGGCUCUGAAGAAGAACCCCCAGCAAAGCUACGUGCAGCUAUUGAACAACAUCCGUGAUGAACUCGAGGCGAAGUACUCUCAAAAGCCGCAGUUGAGCUGCAGCCACCCACUUGACACGAAUCUCCUGUACGUCAUGUAG